AUGUAUGAGCUCAACAACCACUUGGUACUGAAUAUUCUCUACAACGAGCACUCUUUAGGGAAUGUUGUUAUUGUUGGAUUUGAGGUCUAUCCAGCAAGGCAAGAUUAUAUUAUUGCUUGGUGUAUCAGUGUCAGAACUUUUAGUGGGGCCUGCCAAUCAGAUAUAAACCCACAGUCUGCUGUUUCCUUCUUUCUCCCAGAAAAUGGACAUACAAACAUUGAGUGGUCUUACUCUAUUUCAUGGCAAUUGGACACGUCGGUUGGCUGGUCAAACCGUUGGGAUCGAUACCUAGUUAUCCAACAAAAAAGUGUUACAUGGAACUCUGUAACCAAUUCGCUGACCCUCGUGUUUAUGCUGACAGCGCUUGUUGCCAUUGUCGUUUUGUAUACACUUAGCCGAGACAUUUUACAAUCCAAUGAUAUUGAAAACCCCAACUGUCAAAAGGUGUCUACCGACAUCAACAAAAAAAACACAGUGGAUUAUGCUAUUGGCUGGAAAGCUCUUCAAAACGAUGUUUUCCGUUCUGUACAAAAUAAUGGUCUUCUAGCAGCAUUAGUCGGCGCAAGCAUUCAGUUUAUUAUUGCUACAAUUCUUACUGCAAUUGUUGCUUCGUUUGGAUUGUUUGGACCGGCCAUAAAUGGAGGCUUUAUAACCGGUGGUUUAGUUUUUUAUAUAUCCAGCGGAUUUUUGGCAGGAUACUCCAUGUCCAUUCUUUAUAAAUCGUUCCGUGGAGUGUCUUGGAAACGAAUCGCCAUAUUGACUGGAUGCUUGAUUCCAGCAACUAUUUUAACCGUUGUGUUUUUGAUCAAUCUGGCAGUUUGGUGGCAAAAAUCAUCGUUUGCCAUUCCAAUUGGCACGUUUGUAGUUUUAAUUUUUGUGUGGGUGUUUGUUUGUCUACCACUGGUCUGGAUUGGUUCUCGAAUGGGCUCGCUUCACAAGGGAUAUAAAUUUCCAACAGGCUGUCGUCAAAUCCCACGUCAAAUUCCACAACAACCAUGGUAUCUUGAUCCGGUUGGAAUCAUUCUUAUUGCCGGAGUAUUUCCGUUUGCAGUAGUCUAUUUUGAGCUAUCGUUUGUUUUUGAUACCGUUUGGCAGAUGCAUCAUAUCCAGCACUUUUUUGGAUAUGUGAGCAUUAUUGCCAUUCUUUUUUGUCUGACAUGCAUUGAAAUAUCCGUGAUCAUUACCUACUUGACUCUUGGUGCAGAAGAUCAUCAAUGGCAAUGGCGAGCAUUUGCAACUGGAGCAUCACCCACACUAUACAUUUUCGCAUACUCUGUCCUAUAUUAUAUAUUUAAAUUUAGUUCUGAUAAAAUCAUAUCUGGAGUCAUGUUCUUCGCAUAUACUUUUGUCGGGUGCUUUAUACUUGGUAUUUGCAUUGGAACAAUGGGUUAUCUGAGCAGCUUGGCAUUUGUGUGUCAUAUAUACAGUAGCAUCAAGAUGGAUUAGAAUGAACUAUAAAGGCUCAUGUUGUUGGGUUGAGUUUAUUUUUUAAAUAAAACAAGCAUCAUUUCCCU